AUGCCACUUUCGCAGGGAUCAUCCAGAUCGAAAUGGCACAUCCAAAACUCACUAACUCUCUUUGAACUCAUGGACCGUUGGAGACCCGUGUCCCUUAGAUCAAGUCCAGCGCCCCACCCAAAUUGGGUGAAAGGCUGCCAGGGCGAGCCCGAGAUGGCUCCAGCGCAGGAGAUGCAGCCCAGUUUCGUGGUGGGUCCCACCAGCCCGAGGAAGUCCAAGGGCAAGUCUUGCCUGGGCUGA